CACUCUCGGGCCGAUCCCUACACUGCCACACGGAAGCUGCCCGCCCUCCCUCCUGGGCCUGGCAGAGGCCCAGAGGCCAAUGUGGAAGGGGUGGGGAUGGACAGCUGGUAGAGGAAGGUGGGCAGGAGGGCCCCAGAGUCAGGAGGGAAGUACACUGGCCCCUCACCCCGGGAGCCUGAGUGAGGACGCCAGCCAGCACCUAGCUCAGGGUGACUGCGUGCGGGCAUGCGCUGAGGGUCCCGGCCACCCCGCGUCCCCUUCUCAGCCAGUUUCAGCCGGACCACACCCUGGGGUUCCCCCUUUAAAGGAGGCGAGUCACGUCGCAGCGCUGUUCCCUCGAGUUCCUGGAGGACACGGGCUGUGCCUCAGUACAGAGAACCAAACAUGUGUCCGGGUCACCUAGACACAAAGGCCUGAAGAAAACCCACUUCAUCAAGAACAUGAGGCAGUAUGACACAAGGAACAGCAGGAUUGUGCUCAUCUGUGCCAAGCGGUCCUUGUGUGCCGCCUUCUCUGUCCUGCCCUAUGGAGAAGGCCUGCGGAUCAGUGACCUAAGGGUGGACAGCCAGAAGCAGAGGCAUCCGUCUGGCGGCGUGUCUGUGUCUUCCGAGAUGGUCUUUGAAUUGGAAGGCGUUGAAUUGGGAGCAGAUGGAAAGGUUGUCUCCUAUGCAAAGUUCCUGUACCCUACCAACGCCCUGGUUGCACACAAGAGUGACAGCCACAGCCUGCUGCCCCAGCCUCGGCCCAGCAUCCCCCGGGCUCUGCCAGGGUCAAGACACAAGCCUGCCACCACCAAGGCAACACCAGCUGGCACCGAACUAGGGAGCGAUGGGGGAGACACGCUGGAGUACAACCCCAACCUCCUGGAUGACCCGCAGUGGCCCUGUGGGAAACACAAGCGCGUCCUCAUCUUUGCCUCCUACAUGACCACGGUGAUAGAGUACGUGAAGCCCUCAGACCUCAAGAAGGACAUGAACGAGACCUUUCGAGAAAAAUUUCCACACAUCAAACUGACCCUGAGCAAAAUCAGGAGUUUGAAGCGGGAAAUGCGGAACCUGUCUGAGGAGUGCAGCCUGGAGCCCGUCACAGUGUCCAUGGCCUAUGUUUACUUCGAGAAGCUCGUGCUGCAGGGCAAGCUCAACAAACAGAACCGCAAGCUGUGCGCCGGCGCCUGCGUGCUACUGGCCGCCAAGAUCAGCAGUGACCUCCGCAAGAACGAAGUGAAGCAGCUCAUCGAUAAGCUGGAAGAAAGAUUCCGAUUCAACAGGCGUGAUCUCAUUGGGUUUGAGUUCACAGUCCUCGUGGCUCUGGAGCUGGCCUUGUAUCUUCCUGAGAACCAAGUGUUACCUCACUACAGACGCCUCACCCAGCAGUUCUAGCCAGGCCGCAAGCUCUGAGGGCCAGUCAGCAGGAAGGCAUGUUCCUUGGCCCGGCACUGCGGCCACCAGCAUCCGUGUGUCCACCCCGCCUUGCCCACUACCCUUCUGUCUCUGAGCUUCGUAGCCAGUGCAUUUCAUUUCUUUACUGUUUCCUUGGAAAGGGACGUUGCUUUCAUUCCAAACUGCACCGUACCACGAGGAUAUUUUUGAGAAUUUUCCUGGAGUUCUACAUGAACAGCGUGGGGUUUAAUUUUCAUGUCCCUGAGACUGGCCUGGCACCCGACCUUAGGUUUUCACCAUGUGAAUCCCAAGUUCUGGCCAUCUUCCUCCCUCGCCUUACCUCUGCAAACCAUCAGCUGCAGCACUAGCAUCCCAGAGAUCUGGGUGUCCAGCCUGUCCAGACUGCCCAUGUUAACGUACGCAAGUUUCCAUCUGGGUUUUCCAUUUUCUGGAUGCGGCAGUAGUCCCAGGCCCAACAGUCUCUCUGAGCAUCAGUACUUGCUGUCUCCACCUGAGCAAAGCUCCUUCAGAGCCUCCCACAUCAGCACUGGCUUUUGGUGUCGGUUUAAGCUGCCAAGAGCAGGCUCUAGGUCUGCUCUGAUAACUCAAGCAUCGUGUCACUGUGAAAUCUUGUAAUGCAAUGUCGCAUGCCCUACAGGGCUCAGCAGACACCAGGCCGGCCUUUGCCAACCCCAUCCUCUGCCUCAUCAGGAAACACUGCUCACCUAUGACCCUGCUAGUUCCAGACAGCUGCUGACUCUUGGCUCUUAACUUUCUUAAGCAAUACUGUGGCCAAGACCUACUUAUAACCUGGAACAUGGUCCUGUGGGAUCUCUUCCCUGUGGGCCCAAGGAAUAGACCGGGCACAGGUGUAGACCGGAAGUCAGGCUGGGAUAAUAGGGUUGGUUUGCCCCUGGCUGAUGAGCAGGCACCACCAGCUCAGUGCCACUCACCAGAUCAGGGACAGUGGGUCUUACAGAAGCUGGUCCAGUGAAGCCCGCGAAGGUGCAACCCAAAACCACACAACGGCGCCUGACCAGUGUGCAUGCUGCAGCAUCCCAGUCAGUGCCUUUUCCUCAUCUGCACAGAUCCCAGCUCGGCCAGCUCGGCCAGCACAGCACACCAUGCCAAGGAGCCAUCACUGUCCCUGCCUGAUGACCACAGGGCACCUGGGCAUCUUCAGCUUUUCCAAGUUUAUCCAAUGUUCUUGCAGCAGACCAUGCGGCCAUUUGCUGCCCCAUGAGAAAUACUGAAGAACCAAGGAAUACUGCUUUUCCUCAAGGGCCAGCUAGUCUCAAAAAUGGCCAUUCUGCUGUCAUCCACUGACAGAGGCUGCACCAUGGGGAGAUGCUAAUCCUGCUGAUUGAGGGACUCGGCUGCCUGGCUACAGCCUUCUCCCUGCACUCACCCUCAUCACUCAGAGCCUGAGCAGCAAUAAAGGCCAGAGCACAGGAAGGCAAGACUGUAGGGCAGGCAGGAGCCCAUCCUUAUUCUAUCAUGGAGUCUCCCUUUCAACACGCCAAGGAAAGUCUCAAAACUCUUGUGUGCAUGCAAGACUUCACCCCACAGUAUUGGACCUAAACACAGGCAACACUCCCUUGGCUGUCCUGCCAAAAUGGUGUCUCCCCGGCACUUGUCAUGAACACUGUAAGGGACCGACUUCCUACACUGCUCUGGUUUACAACCUACUCUGGGGCCACAUCCCCUCAGGACUUCCACACCAUGAGGAGAACGGCUGAUAAACAAUGGUAACUUGUUUGUUAUUUAUGUAGGGAGAUUUAGUCAAUUACCAUACUGGUCUGUCUGAAGUCCUUAUGUAUGUCCUUUUCAAUAAGGCCAAGAGCUGCCACUGUGUGGUAUCUGAGAGCUGCUGCAACAAAGUCAACACUUAAACCAAAUGACAGCCUGAACCUGUCAUCCUCUAGACCGAGUCCAGAAGUCUUGAGCUGUGUCCGAGGUGUUCAGCUGGGCUGUGACCAAUUGAAACCAGUCCUGGUGCCACUUCCUCAGCACCCAGCAGUUGUGAACAUACAUGUGCAUAACUGAGUAUCUGACCUCAGAAUGUUCCAGUUACUUGUCAUGGGUUGUUUUCAAGUAGGUAACGUAUUAGUUGAAGUAAAAAUGUUUUGCAACAUA